AGUCGCGUUAUUUGUAUUUGUUUCCACCCCACGCACACCAAGCUGUACCUGUAAGCCGUACACGUUAUCUGACGAGUUUACGACCUGUUGUGAUUAGACACGUCUGGUUUCCGCAUCUUUUUUCUGCAAGAGUUAUUUUUGUAGCAGCGGUAGUUGUAGAUGUAGAUUUUUGCACCGUGUUUUCAAAAGGUGCGCCGCGCAGUUCUUUCUACCGCUCAAGCUCAUCUAGUGGUGCCUGUGUAACAAAGCGGUAUCAGUAAAGUGUCAUACAGAAUCGUAAUCCUCUCAAAACAGAUGAGUCUGAGUCGUAAAAUGGGACGACUUGGUCCACAAUUCUUCUUCGCCCUGACGGCAGCGAAGAUCUUUCUCUCGGACUCUCAGACCGUGGCUGCGCGAUCCUUUCUUGCUCCUGCAGGGGAACGAGAAGAUGGCGCCGCUGGUGUUGUGGGUUCCACAGGAGGGACGGCCGCACCAAAUCGGGGGCCGCGGGAAGAGCACAUCAACAAGGGAACCGAAGCACGUCGCCGCACCAGUGUUUCUCCAACCAUCGGCGGUGGACGAGAUGUGGUUGGGAACUACGGCCGGCCGACAACAUCCCCAAUGGGGCCGUCUGCUUCCUCUAUCGAAAUGCACAAAAGCUUGUGGCCACCUACCUUUGAAUUUCUAACGUCGCAUCAUUGAACAAUAGACAUAGAAGAGAUAAACAAUUUGUUCAUUUUUGACAUUGAGAUUGAUUCUUGAUGAGAGGUUUCCAUGGCUAGCGCGUAGAAGAUGGCAGCUUGCCAUGCACAGUGUGAAAGUGGUAGAAAUAAAGCUACGAAAACAGACUGUGACCACGUGCGCUACUGUUUUCUACUUGAGAAAUUCAAGGUUGAAAACUGCGGGCGAUGAGGUGUUGUGCAUUUUGAUGACGGCCGCGACAGCGGGAGCCGCCGCCACGCUGUCGCCGCGUUCGUUUAUCUGGCGUGCGACGAACAAGAAUGAAUGCGACGAACAUCAUGAUCCUCGAGAAGAAGUAGACUCUGCGGAGCGGCAAACGAGCGCCGAAGGACGACCAGGGUCAUCUUCAGCUGCAGGCCGGCGCUCCGGAACAAGCGAGCUCUGGUUUCUGGCCACUCCGGCUUGCAGUGCACAAAACCCCGAAGUGAUCCGACACGUGUGCGCGAAGCUGCGGGAAAAAAUGCACGCCUGUAUCAAUAAUGGCAAAAAUCAAAAUUUUUCGGCUUGUGCGGAUGAAGUAGAUGCUGCUUGUACUAGCGACAGCCGUUGUUCCACCAAAAGCAGUGCUGCCUGUACUUCUCUCGACGUGUACUUGUGGCUGGAACAAAGCCACGUCCUGCCGCACAUUCGCAGUCCGAACAACCACCGCCCGGCCACUUCCUGCGAGGUGCUGCUCGCACGGGAACUCUGUCAGGCGGUGGAGCAGGCCGGGGCGAAGAUAAACUCUGACGGAACAACAUCAGGCGGGGACCAGACCGAGGACCACGGCGCCGGCUCUCCUUUAUUCCAAGUCAAGCAGCUCCGCAGCUUCGAGGGAAGCAAAGAGUUUUACCGCACCUGCGCGUCCGUUUUCGGCGGCGCCGUGUUUCUCCCGCAGUCUCUGUUGCAUUUCGCCGUGUUCAAACUAGUAAACAUCGGCGGCCCCGACAACCUCGGCGCCGCGCUGCUGUACGGAGUCGCGGUCGGGGCCCUGUUCACAGCGAAGACGUACCGUGAGUGCUGCAGACAGCAGCUGGUGCCCGGCGGUCCGUCCAGCCGACGAGGUGCACCAGGGCUUAUUUCCACGGCAGGAUCUCCAUCGGCUCCUUCGACUGCAAAUGCAAAAGCAACAACCUCCAUCUACGAAGAUACGCUCUUCUGCACGCGAGCCUUUUUUGGAACACACCCAGAUGAAGACGAAGGGGACCGCGGGGGAGCCACAAGAACUUUUGCAGCACCUCCUACUGCGAGCACCGACGGAGGUGGUCCUCACAGCGCCGCCAAAAUCCUAGGUUCGACCGAACAAGUGGAACGAGACAGUAAUGUUGACCCGAUUCUCUGGGAGACCCCGUGCGCGAGGCGCUUGGCGCGGUUAGAGGUCCGCCAUAAAGACUGGCUCAAGCAACUGGACGACCUUGCCGAGGAGUUGAACCGGAAAUGCAGGAUCACACGACCAGCUGCUAGUGCUAGUACUCGGGGGUUCAAUAUUCUCUCGUCCUCUCCAGAUGAUCUGCACUUUCGUCAUCUCGAGCAUCAGCCCGCCCCAGGAGCUGGGUCCUCUUUACUUGUCGAGAAAAAUAAAACGACACAAGAUCUUCAUGACGGCGCCGAGGCUACAACUACCUGCUUGAGUAAAAAUAGUGCUCAUGAUCUCUCGAACAUGUUGAAACCUGAACACCGUAGUCUUUCGGCCGCGAGUACCGAAUUGAUGUCUCUGUGCGCCACACCGUCCUCUUCCAUCACCGGAGGCAGCUCUUGCGGCGGUGCACACAAGCUGCACCAGUUUACAAGUGCAAGUAACUACGCUGGUGACGAUGAGGAACUAUUCGGUGGAUCGUGUCGCGAGGAUUUGGCAUCCGCACCUGCAGGAGAGCCUGGCGAGACUACAGUAGUGCAGCACGAGGAGCAAGGAGAAGAAGAGGCAUCUGGAAGUUGUACUACGGCAGCGCUGUUUGAGGGAUGCGACCCGAAACUUGUAGCAACUUCUCGACGUGCACGUGCCCCCUCCAAUGUCGUGCAGCCGGUGCAGCUGGUGAUUGCCAGUCGGACGCACGUCAAAAGUUUGCUGAAAGAGCUACAGGACGCAAACAGUGGGUGGGUGGUCGAACCGGUGUGCAUUCCGCUGCCGGAGGAGCAGGGCAUAUAGGCGACGAACCUCUGAAUUGGUGAAGCGGGCGAAGAACGAGAUUUUUUGUUCCAAAGACGAUAGGGCUGGAUCUUAAACAUGAUGAGGAACGAACAUGAUAGCACUUUAGUCACAUUUUUGGUAGAUCCUGCUGGUUCAUCAUGUCCACUUAAUCUCGCAUGUUAGAGAUACUUGAGUACUAUCACCCAUCACGGGUAUUUUUUCUAUCAACAAUUUUACUCGCCUCUGGCGCUCAAGACUUCACUUUUGAUGUGGUACUGGCACGCGAGUGCGCUUGCUUUCGCUUCAUUUUUGAUUUGCAGUGCUGACACUGCGAACUAACGAGACCUCCAACAUCCGAAAAUAAAGAACAGAUGCAAGAAAAGGUGUAUCGAAAAUGAUCGCCAGAUGAUCGAACCUACAGUAGCCAACGACGAAAAACUGUUUGAUGUUGCCUCCCGAAAUAAAAAUGCGCCACAAAAUUUUGCAGUGGAAUGGGGAGAAUGGGGCGACCCCGGCCUCUUGCGCACUCAGAUCGGCAGAUCGUAGAUCGUAGAGCAGCACGUGCAGCGCAGACUUCUC